CUAAAUUAAGGUUCCUCGCAACCUUAAACCCCAAAACCCUCCACCGCCGCCGCCGUCACUGGUAAAUAACCCUCUGUUUCCGCCUCCUUCUCCUUCUUCCUCUUCACACCUCACACCUUAGCUACAUCCAUAAACCCUCACCAAAAUGUCUCAUCACAGUAAUUCUCCGAUUCAAAUGGUACAAUUGGAAAACAGAGGAAGAGCAUUGGUCUCCUCCAAGCCGCUCAAGGCCGGAGAAAUCCUCCUCAAAGAAUCCCCAAUUCUCCUCUACUCCGCCCUCCCCUCAACCGCCGCCGCCAAUUACUGCUCCCACUGUUACAGAACAAUCGCAUCCCAAUCCACAACAACCCUCUCUUGCCCUAAUUGUUCCGCCGCCUCCCAAUUCUGCUCUUCCCAAUGCCAAUCCGCCGCUCUCUCCACCUCCCACACCCCUUUCGUUUGCUCCGCCUUACGCCGCCUCAGCGCCGCCGACUCUCCGCUCCUCCUCCACCAUCACCACGACCGCCUCAUCCAAGCUCGGUUCCUCAUCGCCGCGUACAAUCUGGCAAUCGCGUCGCCGCCCAAAUUCCAAACCCUAAUCUCACUCCAAGGCGACGCCUUGGCCGACGACUCCUCCGUUUUCCUACAUUCCGUGAUUUCGACGAUUUGCCAGCUGCCGAAUUCCGGAGAGCUAGGGUUUUCAGUCGAAUUGACGGCAGCGCUGCUAGCGAAGGAUAAACUCAAUGCCUUUGGGCUGAUGGAGCCUUUCGAUCAGGGGAAACAGAGGUCUGUUAGGGCGUAUGGCCUUUACCCAACGGCGUCGUUUUUCAACCACGAUUGCCUCCCCAAUGCGUGUAGGUUCGAUUAUGAUUCUGCCUCCGAAUUCAGCAACACCGAUAUUACAAUCAGGGUGAUCCAUGAUCUCCCUGCAGGCAGGGAGAUCUGCCUGAGCUACUUCCCUGUCAAUUUUAAGUAUGUGGAGAGGCAGCAGAGGUUGAAGGAGGAUUACGGUUUCGUGUGUGAUUGUGAUCGCUGCAAAGUCGAGGCUAAUUGGUCUGAUGAUGAGGAAGAAGGGGAGGGGGAAAUGGACCAUAAUGAUGGUGAUGAUGAUAUGGAUGAGGAUGACGAGGAGGGUGACUUGGAGACGACGGACUGUGGCAUGGAUAAAGAAGGUGAAGAUGAUAGCUUCCCUCACGCGUAUUUCUUUGUGAGAUACAUGUGCAGUGUAGACAACUGUGGGGGUACAUUGGCCCCUCUGCCUCCUGUUGAUAAUCGCCCGUCUACUGUCAUGGAGUGCAAUGUUUGCGGUAGCUUCAGCAAAUGUGAGGACUGAAGCAUCACUUGAAAAUAAACAAUUUCAUGAACUAUAAAGUAUUUAUCGAGCACGGGAUGCCUGCUGCAAAGGCUAGCUCAUCGUUGAUGGAGAGAGGCACUAUCAUCUUUCUUCCUCACGCCAAGUCUUAACCACUGCUUGGAUUAUUGUUGAGAGAGAAAAAUCAACUUGUUUACUUGGUUGAACAUAUAUGCUUUGAUCGAACGAAAUACUCUGUUGUAUGCUCCAUGAUCCACCACUUUAUUUGACUAGAACCAAGUACAGUAGGCGAAAGGUAUUGUUAUGAGACCAUAUUUGAGACUGUGUAUUAGAUUUUACUAAUCAUUAUGUGAGAUUAUGGUAAAUCAAAGAUUAAAUUGGGUGUUUUAGUACUUAUGAGGAUGUUUCAGUCAUAUGUUAUUCACUGGUGAAAUAUGUAACAGAAUGUUUGACAGUUUCA